UCAUGUAAAGGUCACUUUUGCAGAAGGGCAACAAAAGUUGGAGUUUGGAAGUAUUGCAUUUUUCUCGUUUAUAAUUUCUGAUAUGUUAACUUGUGCCGGGUUGAAGAGCAAACUCCUUUUCAGUCCGCUAUCCGCUGCAUACCAGGUAAACUACCAUAACAAUUUUUCUCGAGAAAAAAUCUGGUUAUCCGAGACGUGACCGUUCACAUGCCUUGUAAUUUUCAGCUAAUUUUUCCUCAGCUGUUUGUCUGUUAUUCAAAGCUUGCUUGUGUUUACUAUCUUCACAGUAUUGAUGUAAACAUAGCUUGAACAAGCCUUUCUCUCUUCGCCCUCUAAAAACCGAUUUAAAGACUUCUUGCAUCCUGGAAUAUUUAUUAUUAUAUAAGAAUUUGGUUAAAAAAUGGGAAAACUUCUCAUAUAUGGAGCAAGGAUGGCGCAGUGGUGAGAGCACUCGCCUCCCACCAAUGUGGCCCGGGUUGGAAUCCUGGCAUCGACGCCAUAUGUGGGUUGAGUUUGUUGUUGGUUCUCUCCCUUGCUCUGAGAGGUUUUUCUCCACAUACUCUGGUUUUUCCUUCUCCUUAAAAACCAACACUUCCAAAUUCCAAUUCGAUCUGUAAUGCACGGACACAUUCCAACAAGUUCUUAAGAACUCCUAAAUGCUCCGUUGGUAAACAAAUUACAUAAUUACAAAAACAGAGUUGAAACUUAACUGUUCCGUUGUGUUCUCAACUAUGUGGCGUAAGGUGCAGUUGGUUAAGGGUUUUAAGGCUGGUUUUCAGUAGAGACCAAGUCGGAGUCGGAGUUGUAAUGAGAAGCAUAAAACUUUAUGAUCUAGUGAAAACAGCAUUCUGAUUCUGCUUACAACUCUGUCAUUUAUGAACUAGAUGUUGAGAAUCACAAGGCAAGUCACAAGGGGAAGAACUAAACUCCCUAGGGGGUAAGAAAACUUUGAAUUUAGAACUUUUCCCAGUCCACUUUUGUACAUUUGAAAUUAUUCAAGGACACAUUGCUUUUAAAAAUACUGUUCAAUGCAUUAACAAGCAAACUGUUGUAAUUAGAACGGAGUAUAAAAAUUGGCCCAUUUCUAGAACGGGGUGUUUUAGGGCGAUUCAAUUUUAGGUUUUUUUUUUUUUUAUGGGGUGCCAAUUUGGAGUCCCGGCGGCACAUACCCACCCAAAAAAUACCCAAGUGCCCCCGGGCUAAACUCCCAGUCACAUAGCGUGGGAAUGUGCAUUGUGAUUGGUUUAUCCUUCUGCUUCUGCUUCCGACUCCAAUGAUCUGGUUUUCACUAAAUCGUAAGCAACAGAGUUAUAAGCGGAGUCAGAAGAAAAUGGAAACAUUCUGGUUCUUCCGACUCCAAUUCCGUCAUGCUUAUGACUCUGCUUAUGACUAGGAUUUUUGAUUUUCACUGAGUCAUAAGCCCUCUUAUGACUCUGUUUACCACUCCAACUCUGACUCCGUCACUACGCGAAAACCAGUGUUUUGUAGUAUAAAUAAUUUCUGGUAAUCAUACAUUGCACCUUUUUUAUUAAGCCAUGUUAUGGUGGGGUAGGUGUGGUACGCACCCCAUCUCAACUUUAAACCAUUUUGUGUUUUACUCACAAUAUCAGAAAGUCAACAUGUUGCUGUUGAAUUUCAUCCAAUAAAGAAAUGCAAAUAAUCCACAAAUGUAAGGAGUGUUAACUUUAUUGUAAACAUAAUCACCAUGUUUGGCCUUGAAAUUAUUAACAACAAUUUAGUUGCUGACUUACAAUUGUAAAAAUUCUGGGCUGUCAUUAAGUUUUUAAGUGGCUGGUCUCUCAGGGAAAGUAAAUGGUCCUUUAUCCGAAAAAUUAUCCUAUAUUAUUUUGUUAUGUUUGUCUGAAUUUUUACGUUAGAGUUACCUGCUGAUUUUAUUGCAGCAGCCAGCUAAAACAGCUGGCUCUCAGCUACUAAUGACAGCUUUGAUUAUUAAGAGUGUUGUAUAUGUGAUGUCACCUCUAGGUAGCAGCACAGCGCUUUCUUCACCGAGAACCACUGCAUCCAGAAUGGAAUGAAUUGGCAAAGAAACAACUGAAAGGUGCUGAUCCUGCGAAGAAACUGACAUGGCACACACCAGAGGUAAAGAAGCUUAUAACAUGAAAUCUUGUACAUCAUCAGAUCAUUAUCUUUCAAAUGCAGAGCAGGCAAUCACAGUUUUCCCCACUCCACCUGGUGUGCUCAAGGCCAUGGCUGUUAUUUGUGGCACUUGAAGGUUACCUUUGUUGUUUCUCAGAAGACAUAACACGUUGUUCUGGUAUUUUUUAAAUCCAUGGGGAUUUAAAAGUCACUUCAUAUUAAUCAAACAUAAAAAUCACAAGAAUAAGAGAAAUAAUUAUCAAGAAAAAAAAUUUGACUCUUAGACAUUUUUAUCUUCUCUUGAAUAUACAAUAAUAAAAUAUAAUUAUUAUUAUUAUGAUUAGUAUUCUCUGUUAUCUUUCAGGGCAUUGACAUCAAGCCUGUUUACACCAGGACUGACACUCAGCAUGAAGAAGAGGAGAUUCCUGGAAAGUUUCCCUUUACACGGGGUCCCUACCCAACUAUGUAUACCAACCGACCCUGGACCAUUAGACAGGUGAGUUAAAUUAUAAAAUUGCAGCCGUUUUUGAAAACCAUGAGACCCAUUGUCACAGAACUCACAAAGAAGAAGAUAAAGCAAUCCUGCUAACCCAGCAUUACAGUGUACCAGUGUAGCUUUGCUCAAGUCAUUGUACUUAAUUUAUGGUACUUUUGGUAUUCAUUUCUGUAACUUAAUUUUUAUUGCAUGCGGCAAAACAAGUGUAGAAUUCCAUUUUCUCAAAUGUCCUAUGAUAGAACCAAAACUGGCUUCCCUACUCUGGUGGAACACUGUCUGCAAAAGGGUUCUAAAGUGAUGACAUCAUAGAAAUUAAAUUUGUGAAAUUAUGGGAUUUGUUGUGAUAUUCUGAAAGAACAACAUCCAAAAGGCCUAGUUACAUGUACCAAAAACUAGCAUUUAAACUAGCCCAGUUGUGCUUUGAUGACUCCAUACAAAUCCUUCUAGUUUUGCCCUUGUUCAUAACGUUAAGAACUAAGUCGAAUUUAGAAGGAUUUGUAUGCAGUCAUGUGGUAAUAAUUUCAUCUUUUAUAAAACAAUGUGAAUUACAUUGUAGUUAGUGCACAAUGAAGUCAACAGUACAUGCUGACAUGUAUGCAAUUAAUGGAUUUACACAUUAUUUUUAACAGUAUGCAGGAUUCAGUACUGUUGAAGAAAGCAACAAGUUUUAUCGUGACAACAUCAAAGCUGGUCAACAAGGUCUCAGUGUUGCAUUUGAUUUAGCCACCCAUCGUGGGUAAGGACAUUGACUGUGUUUUCUUUAGGCACAUGAGACCCUCUGCAGUUUAAUGGACAAAAUUAUAGAUUUAUUUACAGUGUAAAUAUUGACCCCUGGAUUACUGACUCCAGUUAUCGUCUAGAAAACAAAAUGCGAAACUGCUUACUGGUAUAGAAUGGUUCCUUGAAAAAUUUGGGUCUCAGAGAAUUUUGGCCUAGUCUCAAAAUCUUGGAAGUGUUUAGAUCUCAGUCCCAUUUUUGGGUAAUUUUUCAUCUUGGAGUCUGGAAUUUUGAAACCAGUGUCUCACAGUCUAGCAAAGUCUCGAAUUUCACCACUCUACAUGUACAGUGGUGGAUCCAGAAUUUGAAGUUGAAUGGUGAGAACAAUGUUGUGGUUGUUUUUUUAUUUCGUUUACCAUAGGUAUGAUUCUGACAAUCCCAGAGUUCAUGGUGAUGUGGGAAUGGCUGGUGUUGCAGUGGAUUCUGUUGAGGACAUGAAGGUAAAAUUCUGUCAGAACAGUAAUUUUACCAUUGUGAAAGAAAUAGUAGGUGCAGACAUGUCAAGGGUGGUACCAAGGUGUACUACGGAAGAGAAGGAAUGAAGUCACAAAAAACUAAAUUUGUGAAAUUAUGGAAUGGGCUACUAUAUUCAGAAAGGACAGGGUGAAUAAAGCUCGCUUGCCAAAACUUAUCUCGUUAGUGCAAAUUGGUGAGGAGAAGUAAGCAGCGUUAUGCUCUGAUGACCCUAUAUAAACCCUCCUAAAAUAUGCCUGGAUCAUUAAUGUUAUGAUCCUGGCCAAUUUUAGAGGGCUUUGUAUGGAGUCAUCAAAACAAACUGGUGCUUAUAUAUAUCUCCUCACCAAUUUGCACUAACAGGCUGAUUUUUAGCAAAGGGGCUUUUUUCAUCUUGUUCUUUCUGAAUAUGCUAAUCAAUCCCAUAAUUUUACAAAUACGAAUAUGUUGUGACUUCACACUUCUCCUCUAAUCACACCAAAACUGCAUGCACUUGUUUUCAAUGAUUGCUAAGUCAAUGAAAGUGCUCUAUAACAGUCCCUCCAUUGUGGGUUGGUAAGUUGAGUUGUUGGGUUAGUUUGAAGUGUAAUGAUUAUUUUUAUUACAGGUUAAUGAAAAGUCAUUUUGUAUCCUUUACUCUUCUUCUAUACUGUAGAUGCUAUUUGAUGGCAUACCUUUGGAAAAAAUGUCAGUGUCAAUGACAAUGAAUGGUGCUGUGUUACCGGUCUUGGCCAUGUACAUUGUUGCUGCAGAAGAAAAGGUGAUAUAUCAGUCAAUAUCAAUGGUUCUUAAUAACUUUGCUUUUUUACUGUAAGUACAUUUUUGUUAGCAUGGACAGCAAGACAUAUAGCAUACAAAUGCCUGAUAAAACUUGCACUGAUUUACGCUUAACCAGCAAUGAUAAAACCAUUAUCUCAUUAAGUACCCUUUAAGUAAUAAUCCCAAGAGGGUACUUGCCUAAAAUAUCCAGCUAGACUACAUGUACAGAUUUGUACGCAUUGUUUCAAUAGCCUUACAGUAGCUCCCAUGAGUCUACUGCUACUUAGUGGUACAUCUAAAACAUCUGGACAAGUAAUCAGAGGCCAGGGUAGACCUUUUCUGCCAAAGCCUUCAAACCCCGACCCUGUUUAAGACAAAAAUUGCUCAUUUUGCAACCCUGUUUAAGACCGGAGACACUACUUUCUGUGCCUGAUUUGUUUUGUUUUGCAUGCAGAAUUAAGUAAUUUUUUACACUAAAAUCUUGGAAAUAGAUAUUUAGGAAAAAAAUUAUUUGUAUUGCAAAUGUAGACCGCUCAUUGGAAGUCUCCAUGCUCUUUGAAAGGCUUCCAGUCCAAAAAGACACCCUGUUCAAGAUGCUUAGAAGUGGAAUUGUAUACCCUGUUUAAUACUCAAGACCCUGAAAACCAUACCCUGUUCAGUGGCACAUACAUGUAUUGUAUAGGCCAAAUACAGGAGUGCCCCUGCCCAGGGUCAUAGGUUUGACACCUAAUGGGAGUACUCAGACUUUUUCUUCUGAGCUGCCUGUGUCACUGAAUGAAUAACCAUCUCUUUCACAUUUGCUUCAAUGUGUGCACAGCAAAAUAAAUACUUUCCUUCUGAAAUAAAGUCUGGAUCCUUCUCAAGCCUUUCCUGUACUAGUCUCCAUAACCCCCUCCUCCCAGCCUUACCACAAGGAAAAAGGUCAUGCAGGGUCAAUAACUCCAAUCUACAUUCACUUUACUGUUGUCGCUAUAAAGUUAAUGUGUCUAAAAAUUUUCAUAAUACAAGCAAUUUAACAACUCUGCGACUGUUUUUUAGGGAGUAAAACAAGAGCAGUUAUCUGGGACUAUUCAAAAUGACAUUCUAAAGGAAUUCAUGGUGCGUAACACGUACAUCUUUCCACCGGAGCCUUCCAUGAAGCUUAUUGGUGAUAUCUUCUCUUACACAUCCAAGGUAUUUGUGAAUUUUUAACUUGAGCAGUUUUUCAAAUUGCUGCUUUAAUGUUAUGUUCUUUUAGUGAGAAAGACAUGUAGUAUAAGCUCUCGUAGGGACAGUAGAAGCUCACCAUAGGGACCCAAAAAAGGUGUCCAUUACUGAAGCUGGCCACUUACGAGAAUGGUUCUCAUAAAACAGUGGCCACUAGAGGUGUAAUGGUUAAAUGGCUGCUAUAAGGGAAAAAAUCUUGCCCAACUGCAAGUAAAAAUUGAAAAUAUAAGCGCUUGGCUAUGUUACAGGUCAAAAUUAAAUCCAGGUUAAAAUUUUUUAACCUAGGUUGAUUCUCAAUUUCCUUGUCUCCUAGCCCUAAUUCAUGAAUAAUCAGGGCUGGAAGACAGAGGAAACGGAGAAUCAACUUACAUGUGUAAGUUAAAAAAUGUUAGGCUGAAUGUAAUUUUGACUUGUUACAGCUAUACUGUUGUUCAGAAAAUGUUGUAGUUCAGUCACAAGCAUAAAUUUCAAGAGAUGUUUUGAAGUGUAACUGGGUGUGUAUGUGAAAACGCUGAAACUGAUACAAAUUCAUUGUGACGAACAGCAAUAUAAAAUUGUCAUUGUAAAUGCCAUUCUGGUUGUGUUUUUAGAAUAUGCCUAAAUACAACAGUAUUUCAAUCUCUGGUUACCACAUGCAAGAAGCUGGAGCUGAUGCAGUGUUAGAAAUGGCUUUCACUUUAGCUGAUGGAUUAGAGUACUGUAGAACAGGUAUGGGGGUAAAUAAAAACCACCGAAAUUUAGGCCUCUACCACGUACUAAUUUGGUUGUGGUACUUUGCAGUAUUGAUAUGUUAACUAGACAGUGAGCGGUUGUUCUUCUUUCCAGGGCAGAGCUACAGGCGAUGAGCAAAAAAUAGAAUUAUGUAAAUUAAUGGCAAUAAGGAGCUGUGCUAAAAAGGCUUUUGCCCUCAUUCAUCGUUCAUGACUCAAAAGCUUCACCGCUUGUUCCCAGAGUACAUAAACAAGUUCUCAAUCUACAGUGACUCAAAAACAAUACCUGAAAAAUAGCACUGCCCUCAGCAGUUUGUCUGUUGGCACAAAUUAACAAACCCCACUGUGAAGAUUACUUGAAAAUAACAGGGAUGUUGUAUUUGGCAGAUAAGCCCUCCACGUUUCAAAACGCUGAGAUGUCCUGUUAUGAAACCCCAGGGGAUGCUGAUGGUGGCUUUAACCUUUAAACGUGUUCUUUCUUUUGGCUAUCUAAGGUCUUAAAGCAGGUCUGAACAUUGACAGCUUUGCACCACGGCUUUCAUUCUUCUGGGCCGUUGGAAUGAAUUUCUACAUGGAGAUAGCAAAGAUGAGGGCAGCACGCAGACUUUGGGCUCACCAGAUUGAAAAGAAUUUUAAGCCAAAGAACAUGAAAUCAUGUAUGUUGAGAACUCACUCACAGACCUCUGGAUGGUCACUUACUGAACAGGUAAAAGAAUGUUAAAAUCAUGUAUGUUUAUAUUUUAAGACACUUUGUAACAUUGAGAUGAUGCUUAACAGUUUUGAACUAUGUUUUUACAAUUUGAUUUGUUUAGCCAACUUUCACAGAAACUUGUCUCAUAAGACCUACUAUGCACCAGGUUUUAGAUUAAUUUUGUUUUCUUGUUUUUUAUUUUUAUUAUUGUGUGUAGGACCCCUACAACAAUAUUAUCAGAACAACAAUAGAGGCUAUGGCGGCAGUGUUUGGUGGUACCCAGUCCCUCCACACCAACUCAUUUGAUGAGGCUCUGGCACUACCAACUCGCUUUAGUGCAAGGAUUGCUCGUAAUACUCAGAUCAUACUUCAAGAAGAGUCAGGAAUUCCUAAGGUGAUUUCUAAAGGUUGCUUUCUUUACCAACGUCAGAGUUCCCGUAAGCGAAGACCAGCGGGAUCCAAGGCAUUGUUAAAUGAUUGUUUGCAAUCUUUUUAAAAAGCUAUAACUUUUUUUUGCAUCAAUUGAAUUCCAAUAAUAGACCAGUUUUGUUAUUCAAGGCUAUAAUAAGCACUGGAACUGUUUCCUGUCGUCUUUUACAACGGAUGGCAAGAAAGGACAUUAGCUAAAACUUGAAAAACUUGGGCCAACUUUUUCAAAGCUCUCAAAGAAUUUUUCAAAAUCCUAUUAAAACGCACUUUUGACAAAAAGAAACCAGAAUUUCUCAGAUCUAAUAAUAACAUCAUCGUUCUUCCCGGUCGACGCUCUGCUCCUACUCACAGCUACGGGUAUGGGUAUCGGGUUUUUCAACUUUUGACAUGUACAAGUUAGGGAAAAAUCCGUCGACAACACUGGAAAGAGCGCCUUGAAAUUACUAACCUACCAAGUUUGAAAGUGAUGCGUCUCAAGCGUGCGAAGGUAAAGCUCCGCAAAAUUGCGAAAAGUUACAGACGUUUGUAUGGUGGGAGGGGGGGGGGGGGGCAAGUUUGUGCCGCCACAUUGUGGGCCACAAACGUCAGUGAAAUUUCGCGACUUUGAGGAGGUAUAUCUUCGUUAGUUUUCAACAAAUCACCUUCAAACUUGGAAAUUUUAUUAAUUUAAAGGCGCUCUUUCCUGCGGAGGAGAUGGAUUUUCCCUGACUUGUCCAUGUCAAAAGCUGAGAAAAACCGUGGAAAGGUCUAUUAGGGCUGUCAGCAAGAUUUCAAGUUGCCCGGUAAAUACAACAAGUAGGCGGGUAUUAAACAGCUAGGGAUUUCUUUGGGUUCUAUUUUCCUAUGAAAGUAGUCAGGGGCUACGUUCAUAGUAGCGGAGCGGAAGGAAAUCCCCGGCUCCCGCCUCUUAAUGACAGCCCUGUCUAUUUACCCAUACCCCUGCGCGGAAACGGUGUAUCAAAGGGUCGCUAAUGUCUGCUUCCGCUUUAUAUAUGAAUAACCCCUCACAGAAUGUAAAAAUACAGAAUUUAUAUCGGUGUUAGUAGAGUAUUUUUUUUUCAAAGCGGUUGUACAUGUAGAUAGAGCUGUUCACUAUCCUGAUCUUCAGCUGUACAUGUACCUGGCAAUUUAUCGUAACACAUUUUCAAAUCUUCCUAAACUGGAAUAAAUAUAUUUAGGUUGCAGAUCCUUGGGGUGGUUCAUUUAUGAUGGAAAGCCUGACUAAUGAGAUUUAUGAAGAAGGACUUAAAGUCAUUAAUGAGGUAAGACCGGGAGUUUGCUUGAAUUUAAGACCAUGAAGAAUUAUAAGACGAAAAUGCCAGCUCAUCUAGAAUUCGCGUGUAUAAACUUGGGAGUGAUAGCGUUAAGUUUGUUUUGACGGUGGAAAGGUUUAAUUUUUCCUAGACAGGUUUAAGCAUGGUUUCUAUUAAGAUUACGAUCCAAAAAGGCACUCUGAUUCUACACCUGGUUACUUUCCAUGUUUUUAGUCAUCUAUGCACUCAGGUAACAUUUGAGCUCAAUUAGUUUCUAUUUCUUCUCAUAGACAGCAAAGCAAGUGAUACAUGCGAGUAAUCAGAUGUGUAACAAUUGUGUCACGAGAGGUGUUUUUUUCCUUGCGCCUGUGUAGUUUGGUCUCUCUGAUAUCUGAAUUAAGGGACUGUCCAUUGUCCAAAACAAAGCCUGAGAAAAUAGCCGUAAUUUUGCCACGCUACCACUGGUUUCCCCGCGAAAUUUCGUGUGAGGAACGAGCGGAGAAAUUCCAUACUGAUGACGCGACAUUACCCCGUUUUGCAUCUGAUUGGUUGAAGCAAAUUUGCCACACGGCACGACCAAUGAGAAGCACGGGUAUCUGCGCUCGUUCCUCAGACGUCAUCUCGCGAGACGAAACCAGGGAUGGCAUCCCAAAAACUGAGUUGAUUGAUAUUCUAGUCACAUUUCUAUUCCUUUUUUUCUUUAGGUUGAAGAGUUAGGGGGCAUGGCUAAAGCAGUUGCAGCAGGAAUGCCAAAACUAAGGAUCGAAGAAUGUGCAGCCAAGCGCCAGGCCAGGAUUGACUCUGGUUCAGGUUAGAUGGGAAAAAAGCGAGGGCUCGGGCUAAACAAUUUGAGGGUGACCCAAACCCUAACUUUUCACUCUCAAAUAAUCUUAAUUCUUUAUUUUUUCCCGCUUUUCCAUCUUGAAAUAGUUCGAGGAAACGUGGUUGAAAUGCCCACAUGUAUUCUAAGCCGUUUAUAUUUCCCUACAUAAAAAUCUCCCAUUUGCAACAAACUCAGGGAACUACCUUCCCCUUGCAAAAGGCAGAAACCUCAAAACGUCUGGAAUAUGCCAGUUCAAUCAGGAAGGGGGUUCACCUCCUUAGUGCACUGUGACAUAAUUUUCAAGUUUGUUACAUGCAUUUUAUAGUCUCUCAAUGUUUAUUUACUGAAACCAUUUAAAAGCCACAUUAGGGGAGAUUGUCACUCUUGCUUUUUAAUCUAUAGACGAAAUAUGUUACGAUUCAAACCUUUUUGGCGAAAGUUUUGCAUGGUAUCCUUAUUUCUUGGGAUUUCGCAAAAAGGAAUUUGAAUUUUCUGUGAAUUUUUCGGUUCACUACUAUUGGGAGUGCAAGGGUUAAAGGGGCACGAAUAAUAAUAAUCAACAUCAUCAUCACACGUUCAGAUAAUUCAGCUAACACACAAUAUUGGCUUCUCAACUUAACAAUUAGUUCAUGCGUCAGCGUGCGUAUGUCGAGAUAUUGAGCACGCGGGAAGUUUGGAGAGCACGAAAGAGGCGUAAGAGUUGCACGAGGCGCAGCCGAGUGCAACUCUAGCCUCUUGAGUGCUCUCCAAACUUCCCAAGUGCUCAAUAUCUCGACAUACGCACAGCUGCAGCAUGAACUAAUUGUUUUAUAACAUUAUCAAAGCGGUCAAUGCAACAGUUAACUUAAAAUUUUAUUAUUGUUGGGCGCGCUCAAAGCAGUACGCGUCAAUGUUUACGUGACUAUAUAUUUUUUUUCCUCACAGUUAAUCUUGUGUUUUUAUCCUGAAACUGAGAGAAAGUGUACUCUAAAAUGAUUGUAAAAUCCAUAUUUAGGUGCCGGAAAACUAUUAAUUUACCGAAAAAUUGCCAUUGAGAGAAAACGACUUUGCAAAGAAUGAUCUCACGCCAUAGCCCGCACAGCUCGCGGAGAUCACAACAACAACAACACUCACCUCUUUUCACUACUAUCGGUUAACAAAUUCAAACGUUUCCUCUCAAAUUUCCUUAUAAAACACAUGGUAAACGCGUCAUUGUCCAUUGCUGAGUUAUGGAUGCACUCAGGAGAUUCAGGAUUGCUAAGCUCACAACAACUCGAGGAAUUACGAAUAGUUUAUUGACGUCAUCAGCGUGCUCAAUAGGAAUAUGAAGCACGCUCGCGCUAUUGAAUUUGAUUAGGCGAAUUUUUUAGCUAUGUUAUAAUUGCUUUUGGUCACUCUUCUAAGUGACACAAUUGUCUCUUCGUUAUAUCAGAAACAAUUGUUGGUGUCAACAAAUAUCGCUUGGAGAAGGAAGAAGCCAUUGACGUGCUUGUUGUGGACAACACCAAAGUUCGAGAACAACAGGUUAGAGUUUAAUGCUUUUAGAUUUUUUUCCAGACAAAGUCAAGCGUUUUGUUCUUACAACUUCAGCCAACCUAAACCUCCUUACUCCUUUGCCUUAUAACCUAAUGCACCCGAUGCGAUCUAUACAAUGCCUUUCCUUCACUCUUUAUUUUACUUACAUCUGAAUUGUAUUAUAAAUUAUAUUAUAUAUAAAUAGACAAUUAAUAAAUAGACACAAAAUUAUAACCGUUUCAUGUAUUACCAAGCACUCUUAGACUCUGAGUAAGGGUUGUUUUCCAGUGUCGCAUAAUUUUUACGUGCGUACGUGCGUAAAAUUUACGUUCGGAAAUAUAAUAGAGGUAGUGCAUGAAAGGUAGCUCGUAAGAGUAAAAGUUGAAUCUUGCUCAACUUCUCGUUUAAACUCAGCACUUUUUAUCUUGCCUCUAUUUUAUUUACGUGCAUUAACGUGCGUAGCCAAAAACGCGUCAGUGAAAAUCAACCCUUAAGUCUGUAAUUCGGAAUGCCGACGCAAAGGACAGCGGAAGGGCGAAGUUGUAAUGGAAAUAUUUUUGCACUAUUUUGUCUUUAAAUUUAUAUUUGUUGAAAAGAGGUUGCAAAGCCUUAUUGUAAACGCAUCUGUCAUAAAAAGGGACUGCAAACAUGGCGUGAAAAACCGUAAAUGCGAAUUUUAUAGUAUAAACGGGCGAACCUAACACUUCUGAAGGCUCUUUCCAGUCUCGCGCGAAGAACCUGUGUGUGUGAAUUCCCGUGUGUCAACAGAUGAGCCUCACACCUCCGUGACCUCUUCCCAGUCUCACGCAAAACACCGUAAGCGGCAAUUCUUGAGUGUGAACGGGCGAGCCUCUCACCUCCCUAUUAGUCUCUUUCUGGUCUCGCCGUCCGUUUCAACCCCUGAUUUUACCUUUUUUUUUCUCCAGGGCAAAAAUACGACUGUUUUGCGGUGUAAACUUAUCCUGACUUUUUUCGUUUUCAGGUGGAGAAACUUAGACGAAUUAAAGAAACUCGAAACCCAGACGAGGUACUCACGUUUGUCUAUGAUAAUGUUCGAGACUUAAACCUGUUAUUAUAGACUAUAACACUUAUGUGACGUUUGUGAGUGAUUUAAUUCCUUCAGGUGAAAAGUGCUAUGGAUGCAAUUUCUGAAUGCUGCAAAACUGGAGAAGGCAACCUUCUUGAUCUUUCCAUCAAGGUAUCAAACUCAGAGUUUAUUGUGAAAUUAAUUUAAUACGUGUUACAUCGGUCUUGUGCUUGGAGAUCGUAGAGUAUAGAAGCAAGGUUCAAGAAUUAAGAAUUUGCAAAUGUUUAACCGAAGUUAUAAGGAAGUUCAAUGUCCACAUGUUGAACAACUGAUGGUAUUAAUUUUCUGUUUUAGGCUGCAAGAGUUCGUUGCACAGUAGGUGAAAUAACCGAGGCAAUGGAAAGGGUAGGAGUUCAACAUGAACUUUAAAAGUUAAAAAAAAAAAGUUUCAAAGUGGAGAUAACUGUUUCGUAAAUGUUAACCGCACUUUCGAUAUUUUUCAAAGACUCAAAAGAUGAAACACCAUACUAUAAUAAAUGGUAUCACAGGAAAUUUCUACACAACAGCUUUCAGUUAAAUUGUCACACGUUAUUUUCACUCCAAUACCUUAGUGAAGAACCUAAGUGAAGAACGCGAAGUGUUAACCUACUUAAAUUACAAUAACAUUGCAAUCCAAAAACCUAUUUUUAUUGCACCGCACUAUGAGCAUCAAACAGCAGGUAGAGUCUAACAUUGCUACAUAAAACGUUUUUAAUUUCUAAGUGUUUUAUUUUGUAAUGUUUUCACUUUAGCCUUUUAUAUUGGCGAAAUAUUUUAAUUUUUAAGUUUCAAUGUAAUUUAGUGUUAGUAAGUUUAAUAUUAAUUGUCUUCGUAACGACGUCCCAGAAAAUCACUUCAUAUGACAGGAGCUUCCUCUAUAAAGAUUAUCAUCUUCAUUAUCAUCAUCAUCAUCAUCAUUAUAAAUAUUGUUAUCAUUAUUGCUUUCAUUGCAUCGUAUCACUUAUGACAGGUGGUUGGAAGGCAUGUUGCCAGCGAUCGCAUGGUCAGUGGUGCUUACAAAUCCGAGUUUGGCGAAUCAGAUGAGAUUACCCAGUGCAUGAAAAAGGUCGAGGUGAGUUAUUUUACAUCCUUUUGGUCCAUGUUUGCAACCGUAUUGCAGCACAGUAUUCUGUGUCCGUUGGGUUUACCUCUAGAUUGCUGAACGAUUUUGAAUCUGUCACUAAAACCGUACCCUUAAUGUACAAAUACAUUUUUGUCUCUUCUCGUGUGUGUGUUAUUCCAAACCAAGGGCUUCGUGGAACAGGAGGGCCGUCGUCCCAGAAUACUGGUGGCUAAGAUGGGUCAAGAUGGACACGACAGAGGCGCUAAGGUGAUCGCUACUGGUUUUGCUGAUCUCGGAUUUGACGUCGAUAUUGGACCACUUUUCCAGGUCAGUGAUCAGGAUCUUAAAGGAGCUGUGUCACGGCAGUCCAGUUCAUUUUGUUUAAUUUUGCCAAUUACUCUCCCUCAAUCGGUAUGGAACUUAAAGUAAGCAAAGAAAUUACAUGGAAAUGACAAAAUCAGAGAUUCGAGACAAGCAAAUAUGUCCCCUGAGCAUUAUUUUUGAACAGAUAAACUUUGAAAAACUGUUAGGCUGAACAGUUUUCAAAAACCCUCAUUUCAAUCCGUUUUACUCUUCUUCAGUUUUGCCCACCCGUGGCAUCUGUUGUAUCUGUUGUGUUAUUUUAACCUUCCUUUAAUGUUUUAAGCGGUUAUUUUUAUGUUUCUUUCAAUUUAACGGGCAUUUUGCAAUAACAUGAUUUGGCUGAAUUUCGUGACACAGCUCCUUUAACUCAUCACCAUUUACAGUAUUACAGGACUGCCCCUAUAACACCAGGGAAGCCUUAGCUUCGUACCACAUUAAGCCACUUGUAAAACUUUCUUCUUCUCCGAAAUCGUAUCUACCUGGCACACUGCCCGUCAUAUUUGAAACUCUCUGCUCCCCUGGGCAGUUUAUGUUUUUUGAGCCGUCUCAACUAUAAUUGGUCUUUGUGUGUUGACUAAUGUUAGCUUUCUUUGUUAAGAGCCUCAUUUUUCUCGUCUCAGACUCCCAAGGAAGUGGCGCAGCAGGCAGUGGACGCAGAUGUACAUGUGGUGGGAAUCAGCUCCCAGGCCGCUGGACAUAAAACACUCUUACCUGAGCUGAUCGCCGAAAUGAAGAAAAUGGGAAGAGGGUAAGGUGCAGUAUAUUUCAAGGAGUCCCUCUCACUCUCCCCGCCCUGUGCAUUAACUGAUAUAAGUGAACCACCUAUCAACUCGCCAGGACCAAUUUUGUGGGUCUUCGACGUAACCAUAGGGUUGCAGAGGGAGGGAGUUUGAGUAAGCUGACUUCAGCGACCUUACCGUUCAGGCGCGAGGUGUAAUGUAUGAACCUGUCAGUGAUUUCCUUUGCAACUGACUACUACCCUUUUCAAGGUACGGACAACUUUAGUUUUUGCAGAUUAGGUGAUCAUAUUCAAGUAGUUUUAUUAAAACCUUGCAGCUCGUAUAAAGAAGUAAAUCUUCUUCUCUAGUUUAGGUGUUUUGAAACGCAAUGGAGAGAGGUAAACAUGUGGCUACGUAGGACAAACGUUUAUAAUUAAACGUUACUUCUCCGCAAGAGAACUAGACGAAGUGUGUUGUAUUCUCUUAACAGUAUUCCUAAUAAUCUCGCGGCACGAUUUUUAGGGACAAAGCAAGCUUCAUUUACUGCGCUGCUCUCCCCCACACCCUCUCUCCCUUGUUACUGUUUCACCGUGUUUUCUGUUCUGGCAGCGAUAUCGUUGUCGUGUGUGGCGGUGUGAUUCCUCCCCAAGACUAUGAUUUCCUACAUCAAGCUGGAGUUCACGCUGUAUUUGGACCCGGUAAGAUGACCACAUGAUAGCAAGUAGCUUGCAAAACUUGAUCUAUUUUGCUAUAAAUUUGGUGUUACUCCUUGGGGGUGGAAAGAAGUAAGGCUGGUUUUCACUAGCGCGGAGACGGAGUCGUAAUCAGAAGCGUAGGUCUUGAUGAUCUACUGAAAAGAGCGACUGCGGCGUUAACGAUCAAGUGAAAAUUGUAGGUUGUCGCAUUCGCAAGCAGAAGCAGAAGAACUAAACCAAUCACAAAGCGCGGGAAUGUGCAUUGUGAUUGGUUUAUCCUUCCGCUUCUGCUCCCGACUCCUACGAUUUGGUUUUCAUUAGAUCAUAAGCGGAACGUAAGCGACGGAGUCGUAAGUGGAGUAGGAAGAAAUUGAAACGUUUCAGUUUUAUGUUCUUAGUCGGUACGAUGAUCAUCGGUCAUUAAUCAUGAGGUAGAUUGAGUAAAGACAAUGCAGCGUUAACUGAGAAAGCGAAAUCGCACGGAAAAGGCUGAACGUGACUCAGUGUCUUGCUCUGCUAUUGGUCACGUCGAUUUUUAGCUCUGCGCGACUCGCUGUCACUUUAGUCACGUUGUCUUUAAUGUGUCGAUGGUGCUGAUAAUGUUGAUGAUGAUGAUUACGGUACUGUUGAUGGUGAAUGUUUUCAUCACCUUUGUAGCCCCGGGAUGACGUCUGCUAAAGUCCCGGAAUGGAAGUUAAAAAUAAUACUUUUCUGACUAAAGUUACGUCAUUAAGGUAGCAAUUAGCAUUUCAAAGUUUGAAUUUCAAGAAUUGGCAUUACUACACUCAAACAUCUUAACAGUAGACAUUACAGUCGAACCUGCACUGACGGCUACCCCUCUACAACGGUCCCCUUUUUCGUCCCGGCAGACAGUCCAUACAUUGGCUCUUGUUUAAACCUCUCUACAACGGCAACGGCCUCUAAAGCGUGUCCCCAACUGCCAAAAUAGGGACCUUACGAUCCGACAACAGCGACGUCCAUGAAAACGUUGCUGAAAAACAGACUUCGCAUCAUUUUAAACUUUUUCGCGAUUAUCCUAAUUCGCCCUGUUGCUUAAGAGAAGGGAAUUUUGGCUGAAGCCGAAGAGAGGACAACGCGCUCAGGUUCGGACAGAGAUGGUAGAAUUUAUCACCUUGCCGUUCCCGUUCCCAAGUAAACUUAAAAUUUGGUCAUUUCACGUCGUAGUUGUGCAAUGAAGGCAAAGAAGUGUACAAAAAAGCGUGAUGCACGUGCAGAGUUGUUGUUUAGCUCAUUAAACCUAUUGUUUUUUGACGUUCCCGUUGCCGUCGUCGCCGUGGUUUCGUAAAGUCCAUAAUAGGGAGCUUAAGCAGCGACGUUUUUGAGCGACGCACGUCAACCGGAAGUGAGGUAUUUUCCCUCUUAACAUGCCUUGAUGAUAUAAAAUUUGUAUUCCUUAGCUUCUUUACUUUUAUAGAGGCGAUUUGACUGAAAAUUUGCGCGAAACCACCGUCAAAAAAUGAAAAAAGGCCACUUCCUGUUGACGUGCGUCGCUCAAAAACGUUGUUGCUUAAGCUCCAUAAUAGCCUCUCGACAACGGCGAGUUUCUUCAUCUCUGAUGAAAAAGUCAAGAAUGGUCAGGAAAUUUGAUCCGUAUGGCCCGUUGAAGAUUAAUCGCGGCAUGCAAUCGUAUUUUGUUUUGUUUUGUUCCAUUUAUACUGCUGCAGUAAUGAUAAAUUGCUGACGAUACUCAUAGCGAAUGUUGCGAACCUUGCCCGUUUUGUCACCUUAACAUUUUGAUUCAAAACAGUAUUCAUGCUUUUGAAUGAAUUUUAUCUGUAUAUAUUAUAUAUGAUUGGACUACCAUUAUGGGAUACAGCAAGCAUGAAAUUAAACUCAAAAAACAUUCUGGACUUCCAGCUUCCCAGUUUGAAAUAAACGUUUUUUUGUGAAAAUCAGGUAAAUGUCAUAUUACACCUUUACGUUUAGUUACCGUCUGCAUAACAGGCAUGAAAUUAGCACCUAAACAUACUUCAAAUAAACGCCAAAAAUUUCGUCUGUCCCCAAACGUUGGCCGUUUUCGUCUGUCCCCAAGUUGGCCGUUGUGUAGAGGGUUAACUGUGGGUCUCGAUCAUUGACAAAUAACAUGACAUCUCUCUCUACCUUUCUAGGUACGCGAAUACCAGCUGCCGCUAUGGACGUACUUGAUGCUGUAUUAAAUAAUGAUCCCGCACAAAAGACCACCGCUUGAGUAAACAGUGCACAGCUUGAGAGUGUGGCGAUACCUUAGUAUUGACUUACCCCACUCGAUCUUUUCUGAGGUUGCUAAGAAACAUGUAACGUCUAGGAUCAAAAAAAAAACGCCCGUGUUUUAACGAAUAGGUUUUUUUCGUAAGAGGUACUUUGUUUUCUUAAGAGUUGAGUAGUGAGCCGUGUAGUGUUUUAAAAGAGCAACGGCCCGUAAGAUCCUCAAAUUAUGUAGUGACUAUUUUAGUGGCUACUGAUCUAAUUCGUUCAGGGGCACCCAACGAGGAUAUAGUUCAAAAUCACUUAACAUAGCAUUGUUGAACGUAUUUUAGUAUUCAAACGGUAGAUAUAGGCAUAUUUUUAUCCCCUAAAAACUUUUCAUCUGUUCGGAUUUGCUAGCUGAAAGUCUAGUGAUCCGAAAAUUAUAGGGAUCAAAACCUACCUUCUCGAAAACUUCAGCCAGGAAAAGGCUCCCGAAAAUUCUAGGUGGCCUUUUUUAGUGUCAAAAUACGUCCAAAAUCGGUAAUUAUACCAUUUUGUAUAUGUUCGAAAAUCCUAGGAGAGGCAGGCAAGCAAGAAAUUUUACAACAAAUGCUCCGAAAAUUCUAGAUCUCAAAUCGUCUUUCGAACAGAUAUUUUCCCGAAAAUUGCCGUUGGGUGCCCCUGUUCGUUAACUGAAUUUUUAAUUGUAAAUAGACAUAGAAAAUAACGUAUGUUAUAUAAACGACUAGUUCAUAGAGCUGCUUAAAUUUAACCUAGGUUUUUCGUGCGAGAAAUAUAUAAAAUAUCUGGAUUGUCCUCAAGGACAUUCUUCCUUCGCUAAUAAAGGUGAAAU